CCGCGCUCGCUCGCGGCAGGCUCCCGCUGCUCCGCCUCCCUCAAACGCCCGGCAUGUGAGCUGCGGCCGGCCAGGCCCGCUCAGUACGAUGGAGCCCUCUGCCUCUGGUGUUUUCUGCAGCCGGGUUCUCAGCAUGGUGAACUCAGAAGAUGUAAAUGCUAUCAUCCUGGCUCAAAAGAACAUGCUUGACCGAUUUGAGAAGACCAAUGAGAUGCUGUUGAACUUCAACAACCUGUCCUGUGUGCGAAUGCAGCAGAUGAACGAGCGCUUCCUCCACCAUACCCGGACCCUGGUGGAGAUGAAGAAAGACCUGGACAGCAUCUUCCGGAGAAUCAGGACACUGAAAGGGAAGCUAGCAAAACAGUAUCCAGAGGCCUUUAGCAAUAUCCACGAAUCUCCCAUUCUGGAAGACGACGACUUCGACCCCCUCCCCAAAAGUACUGCCACAACCAUUGCUACCUCGGAGCAGAGCACUGAAUCCUGCGACACCAGCCCCGACAUCAUCUCCCCCACCACAAGCCACGACUUCGAGGACCUUUCCCAAGGCCCGUACGACUCUCCGGCUGUGAACGGGCAGAGCAUCACAGACGACGACAAUGAGACGGACUAGACUGCUGGGGAACGCUCGCUGUGAUGGGCUUUUCCUCCCACCCGCCGUCAGGGCUGCAAACUGGAAUCCCUUUCCUCCUUCUCUGUAUCUCUGUGUUGUCUUGGCCAUUUAUUUCCGUGUCCAGGGAGAGAGGAGUCAGCGUGGGCACAGGGGCUUUCGCAUGAACUGUCGUCUCCCUGAUGAUGCUGAUCCCUCACAUGCCAAAUAAGCUAAAUGUGGGUUGAGUUUGUACAUUAGUGGAACCCCCAAAUAGCAGGGGAUGGCCAGCUGCAUUGCAAACUGCUUGCCCGAAGGGCUGCCUGCCAGGUUUGGGCCACCAGUAACUACCACAUUCCCAUUAGCGGGAUUUGUUUUGACUGCCCUUCAGACCAACAGUAAUUACGCUGUUUGCCCUCUUGCAUUUGCUGUAUCCAUACCUUAUCCCUCAGGCAAAAUGUAUGAAGCUGGUCUCUCAGAACUGCAGCCCUCAGUGGGUGGAGAGCAAGAAAGGGACAAUCCAAGGAAAUGGCUAGGAAACACACUGAGAAUGGGUAGCUUGGUCUUUUUUCAAGCCAUGCUCGUAUCCCCCUGGCUGUGCCUCCCUGGGGCACAAUUCAUUAGAAGCAGCUGAUGCCCGAGAUCCCCUUUGAAACAAGCCACAGCUCCUAUCCAUGUACAGGGCUUGUGCAGGUGAGGUUUCUGGUAGAUUGCACUAACAUAUUUCCGAAGGUAUCCCCCCACCCCCGCCGCCCUUUCCUACAGGCCUGCUAUCAGGGUGUAAGGCCUCUGUCACCUCCACUGCCGCUUCCUCUGUCUCACUGUAAAAGCGUGUCUUCUGUGCUGCUGGCCUCUACUGAUGCACGCUAUAGCUAAAAGAGGCUAUGCAUCAACGCAGUCUCCUUGCAGAAGACAGCUGACAGCCACGUAUCACCUGUUGCUUGUCACAUGUAACAAUUGGAUUGCUUUUUGUUCUGUUUCGAUCCCGUUUGUCGCCUUCUGUUUACAGCCCCACAAAAAGUGUCCACGUUCUUUGUCUGGUUUUUAGUUUUCCCCUCGCCCCCUUCUGCUGUGGUAUUAACAGUUCCUUUGCCAGAGUUCAGCACAGGAACGACAACAUUUUGCGUGUGGAGAGAGUGAGGCAACUACCCACCCUCGCUCUGAUGUAAUCUCAUGAGAUGCAAAAAUCAAAGAAGAAAUAUUUUUGUACCGCUACAAGUUUACAGAGAUUAAUAAAGAGGCGAUAACCCA